AGUGGACUGCUGAUUCCCUUCCACAACAAAACCACACACACUCACCCAACCUAGCAUCUCUUUCGCUUCUGCACGCUCCAACCGCCUCGUCGUCUGCCCUGGAGAUCCUGUUCAGGGACGUCGAAGCGCAGCCAUAAUGAACAGCGUCUUGCCAACGCAGUCGCUAUUUCCACCAAACAUCUUCGAAGGCCGGCUCUCGCCCGGCAACCGAUCAUAUUCCUCACCCACCGCCACCUCCCUCAUGUCUUCCUCUUCAUCUUCGAGAAAGCGGCAACGUGACGAUGCCGACGACCCCGAUCGCAUGUCGCAGAGCCCGUCCGCAUCGCCGUCAAUUCCAAACAGCGCCCUCCCAACGUCCGCACCGGCCUCGAGGCGUCUAAAGCGUCCACGGACGAACAUGAGUGGUAGACCGCUCACUCUGCCAAGAUUGUUAGAGACGUUGAGUGCAGAUGAGAUGCGGGGCCUGCUGAAACAGAUUUGCGAUCGAAGACCGGAUAUCGCUGCUGAUGUUGUCACCUCGGCACCGAGACCCAGCGUGCAGUCUGUCAUGGAAAUCCUGCAGAGAUACGAAGUCAGCCUUCGACAGGCUUUUCCGGUGGGCAGCCAGACGUCUGAGUAUGCAUAUAAUCGAGUGCGACAGCAGUUGGGCGACAUGUACGAUGCGCUGAAGGACUACACCCCGCACUUUUUACCGCCGAACGAGACGCAACCGGGCGUGUCGCUUAACUACCUGGACCAAAUCACUACAUUAUUGCAUCGACUACCGAACUGGGAGAGCUUCCAGCAUAAUCGGCACAAAGCUGAAGGUUACGAAGAAACAGCAAAGGCAUGGGCAUUGGUCAUUCGGGAGGCUGCGAAAAAAGGGGCAGGGAUACAACUGCAAUACCAGGGCUGGGACCAGAAGCUUGCAAAACAUAAUGAGAUGAGUGGCGGGAAAAUGGAAGAGGCUAUGAACGAAUUGAGGACGAGUCUGGGCUGGAUGGGCAAUUCUAACGAACAGCCCUCCGGACAAGGAGACUCAGUAAGCAUCCGUCAACAGUUACUGAGCGGUACCUACGGCCACGGCCAGCCUGUCAGGGUUGGUCCUUGGUAACUACUGCAUAUGGCAAGCACUGAAGAUGCUUCAGUGAUGUGGCGCUCUCACCUACCGCAGCUCCGAAGCAACCGAGCCCGGAGUUGCAUGUCCCGGCUGUGCCUCUUUGAACACGAAAAGCGCUUGCAGCUAAUUACACCGAGUUGGACAGAUCGCCAAGAUGUAUCCCUCGACAGAUCCUAACGAAGCGACGCCUCCUCCAUCGGUGUGAAUUUCAUCGAUCCAAGGACAAAAACAUUGGUAAUGACUGGAAGCUGUUAGCGUCACCAUACAAGAUUUCUUAUAGUUGUCAAACACUUGAAACACACAAUUGACUCAGCCAGGUCGCUCGUGGCUGAGCACAGAGAUAUCUGGACCGCCACUUGAGCAACAACCAUAGCGUUUUGGUGCAAAGCUUAUAAUGCAUCGGUAUCUUAAUGUCGACUUGUUGCGUUUGCUGUAAAUAGAUGUGAUGCAUUUUUCGUAUCAAAGGAUGGUGGACUCAGAUCAUGGCGUUUGCGUUGUUAGCAAUUGUGUUUAUGACUUUUUGGACCAAUUUCCUGGCAAAGGCGCGAUCAUUAAGUGGGCGGAAUCGGCGGUAACGAUCAUCAUGAGCAUGUAGACAGCGCGUCAGCGUCAUCCAAGAAAUUGCUAACAAUUUUCUAACCUUACGCUCAGGUUUAGUGAGACGCAUGGCAAGAAAGGAUCGUGUGAAUUUUUUAUACCGAUUUUUGAUGUGCUCGCUUACGUUGUCAACCGUGUCGGAGAAAUUUAGGAUGAACAAAAUCGUUCCUCGAGGGAAGUUCGCAGACUU